GACAUCCUGCGAAAGCUCGGACAGUCUUGAAUGCCAUCUUCCCUCAAAUAUCUACUCAUGACCUCCAGCAACGACUGAUGAAGCCACCACCAAGGAUAUGUCGGCUAAACAAAACUCGACGGAAUCAUUAAACGAUUCUACAGUAGGAAGCAAGUCCUCGCAUGCCUCAACUGCUGACGGGAGUCUGAAUGAAAGUAAUGGACAUGCCCAAACAGGGGAACUUGUGGACCCCCACAUCGUCGCCGACCACAACCAGCUCGAGCAGGUUCACGACAUUAGCGAUACCAACCGUACCAUGGCACGAAAGUCCUUCUCUUCAAACGACAUGCGAGCCAAGAUGGCUUUGGCUCUCGAGGAGCAACUUCAUGCACAUCAAGAUUUAACCUCUCGCUACCAGCAUACACUCACUGUCGAGGGUUCGUCUCCGAAACCAUGCAUCGUUCCAGGGAACGCACUUCAGUUGAUCGACGAUGACCCAGAAGGGCAACAUCAUCACCCUCCAUCCAUAAUCAUCAUCAACGAUGGUUCAAAGCGACCCGCUCCCGAGUCAUGUACACCCGAUACGAGCUCUGCUGAGCACGAGCCUCAACGAAGACCUAUUCCAAGGGUCCGUUUUCGUUCAAGAGUUCGUAUAGCGUCGGGAUUACAUAGACAUCGACAAUCUGCUACGGGUAAUGGGGAUGGACAUCCUGACCAUACACCAACAUCUUCAUCCUCCACUUCUGGUUCCCCCUCCUCUUCGAUCUCUGCUCCGUUACGUUGGCAAGCAGACGAGAACGCUACUUGGGGCCCAUUAGGUCGUCGACUAAGUGCAUACGCCCAUUCUAAUGGAUGGCAGCGUCGUUCCCCCACAACUUCUCGUCCGCAGAAGUCAGAUCAGAUGCAAUACACUCGUGCCAAAGUGACGAGGACAGGGUCGGACGAGCGUACACCUUUGCUCUCAUCCAAUCGCCCUCGUAUAGCGUAUGUGGAUAGUGGGUUAGACGGAGGAGGUAUGGCGGAUGACGAAAGACCUAGGGUCCUCGGAGGUCGAUUCGAAGAUGAAGACGAGGAAGAGGCGGAAGAAAGAGCACUUCGCGCUGCGGCCUUGAGGAGGGAAGAAGAAGCGGUGUUUGGGAAGUGGCCAUGGCGACUGUUCAACCGUCAUGUGAGUCUUGCGUUUUUCUCAUCCGUUACUGCCAGACUGUGCGUUUCCAAGCUGACUUUGAUUUUUUAUCUUUCCCUCUUUCCUCGCUUGCGCUGCGCGCUGAUGUAUAGUGGUGGUGGUUCCACGUCGAGCCUGUGCUCUGUUGUUGUUGCUCGGACGACUCGGACUAUGAAGAAUGAGGCCAAUUGAGAUGCGGAGGCCCUCGUUAUGAUCGCAACGUUUCUGGCUUCUUUUUUCAUCACUCAUAUGGGAAUACCAUGGUCACCUAGGCAUGCGCUUCUUGAUUUGCAUAUUCUCUCCUCUUUCUUGGCUUGCUCACUCUAGGCCUUUUCUUGUCGUUUUCAUAUUUCGGUCUAACUUAUGCAUUCCUCAUAACACGAGCCACACACGAUGUACAGUAACUUCCACCGUAACUCACUCGCACACUACCCGCAUUUGUCCUCCGUUCCAUAAUUGACUUCUCGAAAUCCGUGGCUUCAAGCACUCGUGGGAGUUUUGAACAUUGUAGGAGGGUCGGCCUAGGAAGGAGCGCCGACGCACCCUUGCAAGCGUUCUGUAUGAGGACGGGGUCCAUGAUAACCAAAGUCGUCGUAACUUCUACAAUAUUAAUGGGGACCGCGCGAAUGACG